AUGGCGGCCAUCUCCACGGCGCCCGCGACGCAGCCCACGCUCUACAUCGAUGGCCAGUGGCGCAACAGCUCAGACGGGCGCAGCCGGCCAAGCAUCAACCCCUACGAUGGCAGCACCAUCUGCCACGUCUCCGAAGCCACUGCCGCCGAUGCCGAGGCAGCCAUCAUCUCGGCGCGCGACUUCUUCCGCUCCUCGCCCUUCGCGCACGACACGUUUGCCAACCGCUCCAAGCUGCUCGUCAAGAUUGCCGACCUGCUGCAGCGCGACCGCGCCCUGCUGGCCGACAUCGAGGUGCGCGACACGGGCAAGACGCUUGCCGAGGCCGAGACGGACGUCGACGAUGUGACGGCCGUGUUCCGCUUCUAUGCCGAAGAGGCGCCGCAUCUCGACACGCCGCGGCGCAUCACGGGCGACGGCGUGCCCGGAUCGGUGCGCAGCGAGAUCGUCAAGGAGGCGGUGGGCGUCUGCGUGCUCAUCGCGCCGUGGAACUACCCGCUGCUGCAGAUCUGCUGGAAGCUGGCGCCGGCGAUUGCCGCGGGCAACAGCAGCAUCAUCAAGCCGUCGGAGGUGACGCCGCUGUCGACGGUGCAUCUCGUGCGCCUCAUGCUCGAGGCCGGCGUGCCGGCGCGUGCCCUGCAGCUCCUCACCGCCGGCGGCGCCAGCGUGGGGCCGACGCUCACCGAGCACCCCGACGUCGACCUCGUCAGCUUCACCGGCGGCCUGGAUACGGGACGCAACAUCUUGCGCAGCGCUGCGGGCACUGUGAAGCGCACCUGCGUGGAGCUCGGCGGCAAGAACCCAAAUGUCGUCUUUGCCGAUGCGCCGCUGGACUGGGCCAUCGACACGGUGCUCACGGCCGUGUUUCUGCACUCGGGCCAGGUGUGCAGCUCGGCGGCGCGCCUCAUCGUCGAGGAGAGCAUCGCCGACAAGCUCGUCGCGGGCGUCGUGGUGCGGGCCAAGCUGAUCCGCAUGGGCAGCGGCUUCGACCCCGCCUCGGAGACCGGCCCGCUCGUAUCUGCAGCGCACCUCGCCAAGAUCGAGUCGUACAUCGAGAUGGCCAAGGGCGAGGGCUGCCAGAUCCUCUGCGGCGGCUCGCAGCCGGACCGCUCGCAGCCCGAGUACGCACACCUGCCGCCCGGCGGCUACUUCUUCCUGCCCACGGUGCUCGACCACUGCAACCGCGACAUGAAGAUUGUGCAGGCCGAGACGUUUGGGCCCAUCCUGACCGUGGAGCGCUUCAAGGACGGCGAUGAGGAGACUGCUAUUGCACUGGCGAACGACACCAAGUUCGGCCUCGGCGGCGGCGUGCAGACGUCGGACGCCGCGCGCGCCAAGCGCCUCGCACGGCGCAUCCGCCACGGCACGAUGUGGACGAACACGUACGGCGCCUACACGCCGCGCGCCGAGUGGGGCGGCUUCGGCAUGAGCGGCAACGGGCGCGAGCUGGGCAAGGCGGGCCUUGAUGAAUACGUCGAGACGAAGCACCUCUACACGGAGACAGCACCGGCACCGCCGGGCUGGUUCAAGGGGCACCCGCAUGCCGAGCACAAGAAGUUCACGCCGCCGCCGCCAAAGGCCAAGCUUUAA